UGUGUUUUCCAACCCACCAGGUUACUGAUUAAAGACAUGGCCUCCCAUACGGAUUCGAAGUAUGAGUUCGGUGGUCCGUGCCGGGGCCAUCACACUGGGCCUCCCCAUUCUGCUCUACUUUUUUGUCUUUGCUUGCAAUGAUAUAACUGGCUGCCCGGCGCCAUCUCUCUUAAACCCUCGUACCUUGAGCUGGGAGGUGCUAAGGUUGGAGAUUGGAUGGCCCAAUGGGGGCAUUUGGGAGCUAGGCAGCUGGCAGGUGACGGGCUUGGUCCUCGCGUAUUAUCUGCUAAGCAUGAUCCUCUGGAGGAUACUUCCUGCCCAUGAAACUAAUGGCACAAAGCUGGUCCAACAUGGUCGCCCAUUGACGUACCGCUUUAACUCGUUCCCGUCCACCAUUAUCCAACUUGUAUUCUGUGGCGUUGGCACAUAUCUCAAUGGUGCCGAAUUUUUUGUCUGGACGUACAUUGCAGACAACUAUGUGCAAAUAUUGACUGCCAAUAUUCUAAUCUCCUAUGCGUUGUCUGUCAUCGUAUACGUCCGCAGCUUCAGCGUGAACACGAAUUACCCAAAUACUGAACUCCGCGAGCUAGCCGCAGGUGGCAAUACGGGCAACUUUGUUUAUGAUUUCUAUAUCGGUCGCGAGCUGAACCCUCGUGUGACUCUACCCUUCUUCGGCGAGGUGGACAUUAAAACGUGGUGCGAAAUGCGUCCCGGUCUGACCGGGUGGAUAUUGCUCGAUCUCGCUUUCAUUGCCAAGCAAUACCGUACGUAUGGCUUCAUCUCUGAUAGCAUCAUCUUCACUACAUUUGUGCAAGCGUUUUACGUUUUCGACGGUCAGCGUAACGAGCCCGGCAUCCUCACGAUGAUUGACAUCACCACGGAUGGCUUUGGAUUCAUGCUGUCUUUCGGUGAUCUCGCAUGGGUGCCCUUCCUGUACUCAACCCAGUGCCGAUACCUGUCUGUCUACCCAUUACACCUUGGGUGGACAGGUAUCGCCGCUGUAAGUGCAGUGUUCGCACUAGGGCUCUACAUCUUCCGCGCUGCCAACACGCAAAAGAACGUCUUCCGCACACAGCCAAAUGACCCAAGUGUAGUGAACCUGUCUUACAUCCAAACGAAACGAGGAACAAGGCUGCUUACUGCAGGGUGGUGGGGUAUGUCUCGGCAUAUCAAUUACUUUGGUGACUGGCUGCAAGCCUCGCCCUUCAGCUUGCCGACGGGUCUUGCAGGUUAUACUAUCCUGUCUGCCAGUAGCGCGGCGGCCUUAUCAGCGGAUUUCAGGAUGCUUGAUGGGCGAGAGGUUAUCCAAGGUGAUGCCAAGGGUUGGGGCGCCAUUUUUACCUACUUCUAUGUGCUUUACUUUGCGGUUCUCCUAAUGCACCGCGAGCGGAGAGAUGAUGCUAUGUGUGCAAAGAAGUAUGGUGAAGACUGGGAGAAAUACAGGAGAACUGUGAAGUGGAGAGUUGUGCCUUGGGUGUACUAGGUAAACGUGAAAUCUGCGUAUCAAUUCAUUAAAAGUAUGUACAGCCAUCUCUCGCUAUACAUCUUCAAAGAUAAUGCAUUUGCUAUAGUGCAAUGUCACGAGUGUAUAUAUGCGUAUAGUACUU